AUGCGGGUAACGUUCAUGCAAAACCGAAAUCGGAGGACAAAAAUUCCUGGGUGCAGGAUUCGGUUUUUUGCGUCAGGUGCCGCUUUGGUGACGGUGUUCGUCUUUUUUACGCUUGCCCUUGGCUAUGCGACGGAGUUUUCAGAGACGGCGGAUCCAGGAAACACCGUGCCCGGGAGACAGCCGCAAACACAUGUGGCUGAGUUGGCAGUUUCGGCGUGGAACGUGUCGCUGGAGAUGGAAUCUGCGCGGAUGAAGAUUAGGGCGAGCAUAGAACUCUUUGCGGAGCGCCUUCACGAGUUGCGCGAGCAGUCACCGAAUAUCACAAACCUGAAUAAGAGCUGUCACUUUGCCUAUCCACUAAACAGGCGAAUCACCCGAUUUGAAUAUAAGAGUAAAAAUGCACGGGUGAAACAUAGUCUAACCCCCGUGGCAUUUUUUAAUGCACUUCAGCAGGAAGCUGAGAGUAGGGUAUUUGUCUUCUUUGAUUCGCUUCCAUGGAUUGUGAGGCAGACACCAGUGGUCCUAUCACCUCAGUUUGAUAUAAAGAAAAGGUUUGGGCUAUGGAGAGUCUUUUUUUGUUCCCCCUUGCCUAACAAACGUGAUAGCCGGGCACUCCCUAGCAGGAGUGAUGGGGAAUGGGCUUUGCCACUGGAUGAGGAGUACAGUGAGAGCCAAUUUCUGCGGCCACAACCCCCGCUGUACAUGGCUGUUUUUUUUAAUGCUGUGGUCUCCAACAGUUUUGUUAUCACAUGUGGUGGUAACGUGUACACGUGUGGAGGCUGUCUAAGACGUUGGCAUCUGCCAAUAAUUCAAAGUACAGAACAACUGGACUGGCGUGGCGUUGUCGUCGCCCUUUGCGAUGAGUGGUGCAAGGGAUAUUAUCACUUUACACAUGAGCAUUUGCCGCGUUUGGCGCUUGUGCAUAAAAUAUUACUUGAGCGAGAAGACGCGGUACUGGUGUUAUAUGCCCCCAUGAAAAGCUUCCACCGACAGUGGUUAAUCGAUGUUCUUGGUAUUCCUUCUGGUCGUAUUAUGCGUAAGACGCUUCCAGUGCAUGGGAAUUUGGUUCUUUAUCCCAUUCCAAAUGUUUGUGGGACGCCAUUUACACACUUGACGUACGCCCUACGUGACAUUGUCUUUGAACGACUCCAUUUGAUGCCUCCCCUUCCUGUCACGCAGCGGAAGCUUCGUCUUCUUUUUGCAGAACGCGCCAGGCUAUCGAGGAUGCCGUUCAAUUACCACAAGCUGAAGCAGCAGAUCUUGGAAGAAUAUGACGCACUCUUUGAAUUUCGCGCAUUAUCCGGCAAUUUGCAUGUGGCAGAGCAGAUACAUGCCUUUUACGAUGCAGACAUAGUUGUUGGCCCGCAUGGCUCCAAUCUCGCCAACGCGAUGUGGAUGCGCCAUGGCUCACAUUUGAUGGAAUUUAUUUCGUAUAGGUACGCCAACAUGUGCUAUCACACGACAGCGAGCAGCAUUAAUGUGACGUAUCAUGCCAUCUUUCAUAAUGCUUGGAAGGACGGGAAAUAUUUUCUAUCGUACGAAACGAUAAGGCGGCACAUCAACUAUGCGGUGGAGGCGCUGCUCAAGUCACAGUAA